UCAAGGCGUCACUCAUUCCCUCCCUCCAUUCGAAUACAAAAUGGUGGCAAAUGCAGGACAACAGAAUGGGAAAUCUGAAUGAAAUUGUUAACUAAUGAAUUCAAAUAUGAUAUCCAUUGUUGCAUGAAAUCAAACCCGAAAUCAAACCCAAAAUCAAAAUGCCACCACCUGCUAAACCAACCAAAUUCUACUUCUUCUAUGGCAAAAGAAAGCCUUCCCAGAAUCGACCCACUGUGUAUGGUGGUCUCUUCUCCAAUCGCCAAACCAUAAACCCUAAUUCCCCCAAUUCCAUAAACCCUAAUUUUCAUCAAUCUCAAAAACCCACAAAUUUUAAUCUUCAAAAUUGGGACCCAGAUUCCCAAAUUGGGUCAAAACCCUCUCAAUCUAAAACCCCAUCGGAGAAUUUCUUCCAUAUUGCUCAGAAAUUAUCCCCAAUUGCUCGUUUCAUCUGUGAUUCUUUCAGAAAACACCAGAGGUGGGGUCCAGAGGUGAUUGCUGAUCUCUCGAAGCUUCGCCGGGUUAACCCGGACAUGGUUGCUGAGGUCCUUAAGGUGCAGGAUGACCCCAACAUUUGCUCCAAGUUCUUCCAUUGGGCUGGUAAACAAAAGGGUUAUCAACAUACUUAUCUUUCUUAUAAUGCAUUUGCUUAUUGUUUGAAUAGAUUGAAUAAGUUUAGAGCUGCUGAUCAAAUACCUGAGUUAAUGCAUAUGCAGGGUAGACCACCUAGUGAGAAACAGUUUGAGAUUUUGAUUAGAAUGCAUGCUGAUAAUAAUAGGGGUCUUAGGGUGUAUUAUGUGUAUGAGAAGAUGAAGAAAUUUGAGGUUAAACCUCGAGUUUUUUUGUAUAAUAGGAUCAUGGAUGCUUUAGUUAAGACGGGUCAUUUAGACUUGGCGAUGUUGGUUUAUAAAGAUUUUAAGAAGGAUGGUUUGGAGGAGGAGACUGUAACUUAUAUGAUUUUGAUCAAGGGUUUGUGCAAGGGUGGGAGGAUUGAUGAGAUGUUGGAGCUUUUGGGACGAAUGAGGAGUUUGUUAAAACCGGAUGUUUUUGCAUACACGGCUAUGAUUCGGAUUUUAGUGGGGGAGGGGAAUUUGGAUGGGUGCUUGAAGGUUUGGGAUGAAAUGGAGAAAGAUAAGGUUUUGCCUGAUGCAAUGGCUUAUACGACUUUGAUUUCAGCUUUGUGUAAAGGGAAUCGUGUGGAUAAAGCCUAUGAAUUAUUUAAGGGUAUGAAGAAUAGGCGAGAGUUGAUUGAUAGAGCUAUAUAUGGUGCAUUGGUGGAUGGUUUUGUGGCUGAUGGCAAGGUUGGUUCAGCCCUUGACCUGUUAAAGGAUAUGAUGGAUUCUGGAUAUAGGGCAGAUUUGUCAAUCUAUAAUUCAUUAAUACAAGGAUUAUGUAAUUUGAAACAACUUGACAAGGCUUAUAAGCUUUUCCAAGUAACAGUUAACGAGGGUCUCCAACCAGACUUUACAACUGUGAAUCCAAUGUUGAUAUCUUAUGCAGAAUCAAGAAAAAUGGAUGAUUACUGCAAAUUGCUUGUCCAGAUGGAAAAAUUAGGAUCACCGGUUAUUGAUGGACUUUCUGGAUUCUUCUCUCUGAUGGUUGAAAUGGACGAGAGAUUGCCUUGCACUUUAGAGGUAUUCAAAGAUUUGAAAAUCAAAGGUUAUUGUAGUGCAUCAAUGUACAAUAUUCUUUUGGGAGCUCUGUACAAGGUAAGACAACCAAAGGAAGCAUUGUCCCUCUUUGAGGAAAUGAAAGAUUCAAACUUUGCACCCGAUUCAACAACUUACAGUCAUGCGAUCACAUGUCUUGUUGAUCUUGAGGAUGUGAGAGAGGCGUGUCUUUGGUAUAAUAAAAUCAAGGAGAUGGGUUCCAUUCCCUCCGUUGCAGCCUAUUGCUCUCUGGCCAACGGGCUUUGCAAAAUAGGAGAGAUUGAUGCAGCGAUUUCCCUAGUCCAAGAUUGCUUGGCUAAUGUCAGCAGUGGACCUAUGGAGUUUAAAUACACUCUAAGCAUUAUCCAUGCUUGCAAAGAGAAUGAUGCUGACAAGGUCAUAGAAGUAAUAAAUGAAAUGUUACACCAAGGAGGCAUACCUAGUGAAAUUAUAUAUUGUGCUGUUAUCUCUGGCAUGUGCAAGCAUGGGAUGUUGGAGGAGGCUAGGAAGGUUUUCUCCUGUAUGAAGGAGGAAAAAUAUAUAUCCGAAGCCAAUGUGAUUUUUUAUGAUGACAUGCUUAUGGAAUACAUGAAGAAGAAAACAGCAGACUUGGUCCUAUCAGGAUUGAAGUUCUUUGGACUGGAGUCCAAACUGAAAGCAAAAGGUUCUACAUUGCUGCCAAGUUAAAGAGUGAACAGAGAAUGUUGCAGGAAAGACUCAAUGAUGGCCUCAAAGGGAGGCAGCAGAGCUGGAAGUGAUACAAGAUUCAGUUUGAACUAUGGCAGCAAAUAAGGUACCCAAAUUAUCACAUGGAAGCUGUUUUCUGUUUGUUCUGCUGCCAACUAACAGGUCAUGCACCAAUGAAAUGUGAUCUAAAUAGGGUGCAAAAGGUUAAGCUGAUCUGUUGAUACUAUCAGUCACGGCUUUCUCAGAAGAUUUGCAGAAUGCCGCUUCAGAAUGGAAACAACUCAGCAUGCUCUCAUUAGAAAUUAUCUAUAUGAAACUGACUGCCAUAGCAGUUCAGUUACAGCAUUGUUUUAAAGAGUAUCCAGCCUUGAUUAAGUUCCGUGGUAUAUAUUUCUUGUAGUCACUACUGUAUACUUGUCUUAGGAGUUAGGAUAGCAAUAGAUUUUCUUUUAUAGUUUCAUUUCCUUGUUAGUAAUUGUGUAGCUAAGUGUAGAUUAGAGUGAGAUUCAAGUGUUCUGACUGGGAACAUUGAAUUUCUUUUUUGCUGUUGCUGUUGACAAUAGCUAAACCAGAUUUGUAUACUGUUAGCAGUACUUGUGGUAUUACAAUAAUAAUAAUUCAACUCUUCUGUUCUGGAGGAUUUA